GUCCAUCUUCUCCCUUCCCCGAUAAGCUUCGAAAAUGUCCUUUCUCCUUCCCAAACGCACUCCUCUCCUAUCCAACACUUCUUUCCACCUUCUGCUUUUCCGGCCGCCAACACACUUCUCAACCUCCACUGCCAAUUCCAGCACAGCACCGCCACAAGAGACAACCGCUGCCGCCAUCUCUAACCUUGUUCUUACCUCCACCGACCGGGACACCCUGUCUCAAGUCCUCUUCUCUCCUUCCAUCACCUGGACCCCUCACCUGGUAGAUACCAUCAUCAAGCGCCUCUGGAACCACGGUCCCAAGUCCCUCCAAUUCUUCCACAUCCUCCUCCAUCAUCCCGUUUACUGCCACUCCUCAUCCUCCUUUGACCACGCAAUCGACAUUGCCGCCCGCCUCCGCGAUUACAAAAUCGUCUCGUCUCUUCUACACCGGCUACGAUCCAUCCGUCUGGGCCCCUCCCCAAGGACCUUCGCAAUCGUGACUGAAAGGUACGUCGCCGCUGGAAAAUCCGAUAAAGCUGUUAAUUUGUUCCUGUCAAUGCAUAAGCAUGGCUGUUUUCAGGAUUUGCAUUCUUUUAAUUCAAUGCUUGAUGUUCUCUGCAAAGCAAGACGUGUAGAAAAGGCAUAUAAUUUGUUUAAGGCUCUAAGAGGGAAGUUUCAUGCUGAUGUUGUGAGUUAUAAUAUAAUUGCAAAUGGUUGGUGUUUGAUUAAGAGAACGCCCAAGGCACUGGAGGUGUUGAAGGAGAUGGUGGAGAGGGGGUUGAGUCCUAAUUUGACUACUUAUAAUAUAAUUCUCAAAGGUUAUUUUAGGACUGGUCAGAUUAAGGAAGCUUGGGAGUUCUAUUUAGAGAUGAAGAAGAGGAAGUGUGAGAUGGAUGUUGUUACUUACACCACAAUGGUUCAUGGGUUUGGUGUUGUAGGGGACAUUAAGAGGGCACGAAAUGUGUUUGAUAGUAUGGUCAAGGAAGGGGUGCUUCCUUCUGUUCCAACUUGUAAUGCUUUGAUUCAGGUAUUGUGUAAGAAGGAUAGUGUGGAAAAUGCUGUCUCGGUUUUUGAGGAGAUGGUAAGUAAGGGUUAUGUGCCUAAUUCGACUACUUACAAUGUAUUGAUUAGGGGAUUGUGUCAUGCUGGACAAAUGAGCAGGGCAGUGGAGUUUAUGGAAAGAAUGAAGGAUGAUGAAUGUGAGCCAAAUGUGCAAACAUACAAUAUUGUAAUUCGAUACCAUUGUGAUGCUGGAGAGAUUGAGAAAGGCUAUUGGGCAUCCGCUUCCAGUCCAGUCCAUGCCAAGUAUUUGAGUGCUAUAGCUGCUAAGGUAAUAAAUUUGAUAUUUGAUGAUUCAAUGUGAUUAGGUGGUUUUCGGAGUUUAAAAUUAUGUUUCUCUGUUUGGUAUGCUGUUUCCAAACAUCUAUUUACUUUUUUCAAACUUUAGGCAUUUAAGUUGUUCUAACAUUAAGUUGGACCUGUGCAGAAGAAGUAGCAACAUCUUGUUAAGUGGCUGUUGUUUGUAAGCAUGCUGUUAAAAAGAGAGUUAAUAAUGUUGUUGUGCCUGA